UUUUUUUUUUUUUUUUGGUGUCGCAUAAAUGAUUCUCGACUCACUUUCUCUCUACUUACAUACCACAAUUGCCAUACCGCUCAAUCGCUCGAACCAAAUCCCCGCAACCAGGGGAAGUUCCGAGUUAUACCCGCAGUCGGGGCCAAAACAUCCGAGGAGAAAUCUCGGACUCUCAACUCUCACUCGUCUUUGUCAUGCGCCGUUCAGACUUGACCUUUGGCCCGACGGGCGACGAAUGGCACUACGAGAGAUCAUCGCGAACCUAUGAUCUCACCCGGGGCCGUUGGCCGGCCUGGACGUUCGGCACGAGCCAAGGGCCCGCUGAGACGUCCAUUUCGGUCGCACCCCGCAGCACGGCGCUCGUGAUUGUCGACAUGCAGAACUACUUUCUGCACCCGAGGUGUCGAGACCAUCCGGCCGGGCUGGCCGCGGCGGAGAAGACGAAGAGGGUCAUUAAGAAAUGCCGCGAACUAGGCAUCCAGGUAAUUUGGCUAAAUUGGGGUCUGGACGACGACGACCUCGCGGCCAUGCCCGCCAGCGUCCAGCGCGGCUUCUCUCGAUCGUUGAUCCAGGGGGGGGAGGGGCCGGGCGACACGGUCGUCCGACUCGGUCUAGGCGCGGAUCUCGGCGACGGCCAGGGGCGCUGCCUCGUCGCCGGGGAGUGGAAUGCAGACAUCUACGAGCCACUGAAGCUGAGCGCCUGCCCGGAGGACGUGCGCUGCAACAAGAAUAGGAUGUCGGGCAUGUGGAGCCCAGAGCAGCCGCUCCGGAGGUACCUGGAGCGAUCCGGAUCGGCGGCGGACUCCGGCGGGGGGGAGUGUGAACGCACUCGAACUCUUCUCUUUUGCGGCGUCAACACGGACCAGUGUGUCCUGAGUACACUGACGGAUGCCUACAACGCCGGGUGGGACUGUAUCUUGCUCGAGGACUGCUGUGCAACGAAGACGCCCAGGGCCCAGGAGGUAUGCCUGUACAAUGUUGCCGGCUCGUUCGGGUUCGUCACCUCGAGCGAGACUUUUCUCGCGGGGAAGGCCUCGUGAGAGGUUCAACAACACGACGGCGGCCCGCCCGCUUUGCAUUGCAAGGAGGGGCCUUCUGAAGACUGGAGACCAGAUUGGUCGUUGGAGAGCAAAAGACAAAGAAAGAUAGACAGAGAAAUAGGCUGGGCGAGAAAGCCUAAUCUCGUCACGGAAAACCAAGGGGGUGUCACGAUACGAGACAGUGGCCAAUAAAUGAACACGUGGGUGGGCGGUCACGAAAUGUUUCCGAGAGGCGGUCCAGUCAGCACAAUUUCGACACAAUGAGCGUCCCGUCCCCCCCUCCCUCUCUCUCUGCUAGUUCUUA